UCGAGGAUAUUUGAGAAAAUGCGUUUCAAAAAAUUGGUAUAUGAUGUAACUAGUCGAUUUUUCCAUCGAGGAGUCCAUGUUAUCCUACAUUCGUCGUUUGUGAAUCUGCAAUCGUUUGUAACAACCGGAAGAAAGCUUCAUGAAACUCUUCGUGUACCCGCCGGAUGCAAGCGUGUUACUAUGAAGCCGAAAAAAUUAGGAAUUAUCGGCGGCUCGUUACUUGCUUUUGGAAUUUUGAUCUGUGCAAUUGCCUUUCCUCCAUUUUUGAAGUCACAAGUGAAAAAACAAAUAGCCUUGAAAGAUGGAUCUGAAAUGCGGGAAUUAUGGUCCAAUUUCCCUGUUCCUUUGGACUUUAAAAUUUAUCUUUUCAACGUGACGAAUCCCAUGGAAAUUACAGCGGGGGAGAAACCGAUUCUCGAGGAAGUAGGACCAUUUUUUUACGACGAAUACAAACAAAAGGUGGAUCUGGUCGAUCGAGAAGAAGACGACAGCUUGGAGUACAACUUGAAAGCGACAUGGUACUUCAAUCCAUCUCGAAGCGAAGGAUUGACCGGUGAGGAAGAACUGGUCGUUCCUCACGUUCUUAUUCUGAGCAUGGCCAAACUCACCCUCGAACAACAACCAGCAGCCAUGGGGAUUCUCAAUAAGGCUGUGGAUAGUAUUUUCAAGAAACCUAGUUCUGUUUUCGUAAGAGCGAAGGCAAGGGAAAUACUUUUCGACGGUUUACCAGUUGAUUGCACGGGAAAAGAUUUCGCCACGAGCGCAAUUUGCAGCGUUUUGAAAGAAAAGGACGACGCUUUGAUAGCUGAUGGACCAGGACGUUACUUGUUCUCACUUUUCGGCCCUAAAAAUGGCACCGUUCUUCCCGAACGUAUACGAGUGUUGCGGGGUAUAAAAAAUUACAAGGACGUAGGGAAGGUAACGGAAGUGAAUGGAAAAACGAAGUUGGAUAUUUGGGGAGGUGAUUGCAACGAAUUCAACGGAACAGAUUCAACGAUCUUCGCGCCGUUGCUCACGGAACAAGACGACAUUGUCUCGUUUGCUCCUGACAUUUGCAGAAGCAUGGGAGCUCGUUUCGAUUCGUACACACAAGUCAAAGGCAUCAACACGUACCAUUACAAAGCCGAUUUGGGCGAUAUGAGUUCACAUCCGGAGGAGAAGUGUUUCUGUCCCACUCCAGAGUCUUGUUUAACGAAAAAUCUCAUGGAUUUGACCAAGUGCGUAGGUGCUCCCCUUAUAGCUUCUCUCCCACAUUUACUUGGAGCGGAAGAAAAGUAUCUGAAAAUGGUUGAUGGACUUCAUCCGAACGAGGAAGAACACGGAAUCGCCAUGGACUUCGAACCAAUGACAGCUACUCCUUUAAGCGCGCACAAGAGGCUACAAUUUAAUUUAUAUCUUCACAAAAUUGAAAAGUUGAAAUUAAUGAAAAACUUUCCGGAAUGUUUGUUCCCCGUAUUUUGGGUCGAGGAAGGAAUAUUGCUCGGUGAUGAAUUCGUGAAGAAAUUGAAGACUGUGUUCAAGACAAUAAGUAUAGUCGGAUUUAUGAAAUGGUUCACAAUAAUAAGUGGUACUUGCAUCAGUGGAGCAGCUGCCGCGUUAUUCUUUAAGAAUAAGGACAAAAAUAAACUCGACAUAACAAAGGUAACACCGCAAAAAGGUGAGGAGAAGAAAUGGCCUAACCAGUUGACUAUUAGUACGAUACAAAGUGCAGCAGUGCCGCCUAAUCUCGACGCGAAUUAAAUGUUUCGUUGAUUUAAUAUAUUUUGUUUCUACAUAUUUGUCGAAAGUAAGAACAAUUUGAAGAAGAAUGAAGACUUGUGUUUUAUAAGUAUAAGUGAAUCAUUUUUAAACGGAUCAUUAUUGAAUUGUAACGCCUCAAAAUAUUUGCAUAUAGUGUAAUAAUAAUUAUGGAUCAUAGUGUAUAUUUAGAAGAAUUGAUUUAACAGUUAUUAGAUCAUUCUGGCUGAUAUGAGUCACUUAAAAAGUGAUAGGUGCACUUAUAAUACAUAUUUCGUGCAAAUAUUUCGAUCUAUUUUAAAGAAGUUGGAGAGAAAUU